AUGGUUAGAGCACAGAGUCGGCCCAAGGAUAAUGGAGAUAUUUAUGUACAGCACAAAACUCAGUCAGUUAUGGCUGGUAUAACUGCGGACCAAACAGAUAUACCAAUAGCUGCACAAACGUAUGGAAGCAAUACCUUUAAUGUUGAGGAAGUGAUGAGUACCUGCAAUGCCAGCUUUUCUAUACCAAUGGAUUACAUUGUGCAAUUCAACACAACGGGCGAGAUGUCAGACACAACAGAUAAAACGGGCAUGUGUUUCAUACGUUGUUUCUUGGAAAAGUCGGGCUUAAUAAAAAAUUGGCAUUUAAAUAAGGAUCUGAUAAUGCAAACUAUGUGGUCAAUAAUCGCCGAUUCAGUUGAAUUAUGUGAAUCAGAAUCAGAAAGCGAAGUAAAUGCAUGUGUGCGUACUUAUGCCAUAGCCAAGUGUCUUAUGAAACGCACGCUUGAAGCUGCGGACAAUCAAACAUUGACUUAA